AUGUUGUGUUCCCUGCAGGACCCAGAGAACAUGUGGGCCUACGAGGUAGACGCCAGGUCGACAGGGGACAAAAAGUCUGCCCGGGAGGAGCGUCGAGGAGACGUAGUGGUGGGCCAGUACAGCGCCAUGGACCCUGAUGGUUCUCUCUGCGUCGUCGACUACUCUGUAGCUCCCGACACUGACUUCCAGGCCACUUACCAGGAGAACCGCAACCAGUACCAGUCCAACUAUCGCACGAGUACCAACCAAUACAACCACAACAACCAGUCCAACAACCUCCACAACAACAGGUACAUCUCACAAAGUUACGGCUCCACCAACAACAACCACAACUACAACCAAAACUCACACCUCAACUCCAACCUUUUCAACCUGGAAUACAACCAACAACCCUCCCGGUUAUCCACCAACAACCACAACCAGUACGGAAGGAGCCAAGACCCAGAGAACAUGUGGGCCUACGAGGUAGACGCCAGGUCGACAGGGGACAAAAAGUCUGCCCGGGAGGAGCGUCGAGGAGACGUAGUGGUGGGUCAGUACAGCGCCAUGGACCCUGAUGGUUCUCUCUGCGUCGUCGACUACUCUGUCGCUCCCGACACUGACUUCCAGGCCACUGUUACCAAGCAAUCCACCCAUGAAAACUUCCAGAGCCAAAGCCAAUAG